CCGGGGACAAAGGCCUUCCAGGUCGCCUACCAGAGAACCCGGGUCCAGAGGAACAGAUUUGACCUGAAGAGGGGGAAGUGGCGUUCGGAACCGUGUCUGAGGGUCUUGGAGGCAGAGAAGGUGAGAGACGGAGGCACUGAGAACUUAGAAAGGGUUGGACGGAGGAGAAUCGCGAAUGUGGGCAUGCGCAGGAGCGUGGGAUUUUCGGAGCCAGCAUUAGUGCCUAGGAACUAUUACAGUCAGCCUGGGAGGGUUAGGACUCCAAAGCUGACGCUCUUAGCUUGCAGAGUUUGCUCUGUCUCCCGACUCCAAGUCUGUUAGUGCACACACUGCACAGUGCUGUUGUCCCAAAGCGUCAGGCUUUUGACCCUAUCUUCUCAGGGUGUAUUGGGGGUGGGGGGUGUCCUAGGCCCCACCUGUGGCCCAGAUUGUGGAGAGAUUGUGGAGAGGUGGCACUGGAGGGAAGUGAGCAUCCCCACUCUUUCACAGAUGGCAUCAUCGAACCCCGACGCCCCUUGUUCCUGCGACUGCUUUGUCUCUGUGCCCCCGGCUUCAGCCAUCCCAGCUGUAAUCUUUGCAAAGAACUCAGACCGGCCCCGAGAUGAAGUGCAGGAGGUGGUGUUUAUACCAGCAGGCACUCACACCCCUGGGAGCCGGCUUCAGUGCACCUACAUCGAGGUGGAACAGGUGUGGAAGACGCAUGCUGUCAUUCUGAGCCGCCCUUCUUGGCUGUGGGGGGCUGAGAUGGGUGCCAACGAGCUUGGUGUCUGCAUAGGCAACGAAGCGGUGUGGACCAAAGAACCCGUAGGGGAGGGGGAAGCCCUGCUGGGUAUGGAUCUACUCAGGCUGGCUUUGGAACGGAGCAGUACUGCCCAGGAGGCUGUGCACGUGAUUGCGGGCUUGCUGGACCGCUAUGGGCAGGGAGGCAGCUGCCGGGAGGAUCCAGAGCCUUUCUGCUAUCACAACACCUUUUUACUGGCUGAUCGGACAGAGGCGUGGGUGCUGGAGACAGCUGGGAGGCUGUGGGCUGCUCAGCGGAUCCAGGGAGGUGCCCGAAAUAUUUCCAACCAACUGAGCAUUGGAACAGACAUCUCAGCAGAACACCCAGAGCUCCGCAGCCAUGCCAAGGCUCAGGGUUGGUGGUCUGGGCAGGGCGUCUUUGACUUUGCUGAGGUCUUCUCCCUGACCCAGCAGCCUGUGCGCAUGGAGGCUGCCAAGGCCCGCUUCCGGGCAGGGUCUGAGAUGCUGCAGCGACAACAAGGGAGCAUCACAGCAGAGGUGAUGAUGGACAUCCUCAGGAACAAGGAGAGCGGCAUCUGCAUGGACUCUGGAGGCUUCCGUACCACAGCCAGUAUUGUGUCGGUCCUGCCCCAGGAUCCCACAAAGCCCUGUGUCCACUUCCUCACUGCCACACCAGACCCAUCCAGGUCGGUAUUCAAACCUUUCAUCUUUGAAGUGGGGGUGUCCCAGUCCCCCCAGGUGUUGUCCCCCACUUUUGGAGCCCAGGACCCUGUUCGGAUCCUCCCCAGAUUCCAGACUCAGGUGGACCGUCGACAUUCACUGUAUCGUGGACACCAGGCAGCCCUGGGGCUGAUGGACGAGCAGAAGCAGGCACAACUGCGGCAAGAGCAGCAGAGUCUGGAGCAGGAGGGCCUGGAGGCUCUCAGAGGACUGCUUACUGGUGAACAGACCCCACCCCCCCAGGGGCUGGGCAGCCUCUUCCAGGCCUUUGUGGAGAGGGAGCACCAGGUCUAUGCUUAAGCAUCCUGCAGCUCUGGGGCCAGCUGCCCUGAGCUGUGGUGGGCGCGCUGGGGGUGAAUCAGCCAUCCCUUCUCCCUGCUCAUCCAGGUUCUGAGUGGAUUAAUAAAUGUGUUUUAUUUCCUUA